UUUGACUUGUUCCAGCUGCUGAACGGAGCGUCGUGUGUGGGAGGACGAUCGUAGACGAGAACAGCAAUUACUUCUGGAGUGAUCGUCGAAGGAAGUAGUUCUACCAAAGUAUUGUGAAGCACAAUUAGUGACGUGUAACUCUGCAAAAAUGACCAUAAUAACAACAUGCUGCUGUUGCAUGAAUACUCGUACUGGAACCAUAGUGUCUGGUAUCUAUACUACGAUACUAGCAGGUAUUAGACUUAUUAUGAUGUUAUCUGCGUUGGCAUCAGCGGGUGACAAGGCCGGAGGUUUGAUAUCGUCCUACAUUAUAGAUCUGUUGUUGCUUAUUGGCUUACUGAUAGUUUCCAUUAUUCUUAUCUAUGGCGCUAUCAAGGAUAACCGUAUUCUGUUGGUGCCAUGGAUGGUGUUUAUGGUUAUUUUCAUUAUUUUAACCUUAAUUACUACAAUUAUAAUCAUUGUAUAUGCGAGCUUUAGUUCCUGGGUUACCUGGUCUAACAUCAUCUGGUUCGUCAUCUUCAACACUAUCAACAUUUACUGCUUGUUGUGUGUAAUCUCUCAAUACCAAGAACUGAAAGAAGGUCGUGGAACUGCUGACUACCAUCGCCAGCUUGCUGCGUCCCGGGGACGUCCAGUUGUUGUCACUACAACCACGACCCCAGCCAGGGUAGAAAAGGCUUAAAUAUGCCGUCUUCAAUCAACAACAAUGUUGGAUUAUGUUUUCAGUUCACGAUUAUACACCGUUCUAUUAAGUCACGCCCUCAGUCGGCGAAUGAACUCUGUGACGUAAAUAAGUACGUCGUUCACAUUAUCCAUUAUGAUCUGCAAUCCUUAUAAGUAUACUGUUUUUUAGAGACUUGCAUUAUUCUCAAAAAUGAACAAUUACACAAUGAAACGGAGUAUUUUUACAACAACAUUGCUUACAUCCAUUUACGAAGUUCCUACGUCACAGAAUCACUCUCUCGCUAGAGGGCGCGCCACAUAGGGAACGUGUACUCAUAACACUUAGCUGGAACACAAAUUUACUUUUAUUCUCUAAUUAUUCCCAGUCAAAGCAUGUAAUUUUGUUUAUUUCAAACGUUAUAGGAUUACAUGUGUUUUUUUUAUCAACAAUAGAAUUAAUUCAUAUACGAUUGUGCAGAAACGAUAAAAGUAUUGUGCCUUAAUUGGUUUUAUUGAUCAACACCUGCUAACCUUAUAAAAGGUUAACGUCUGUUACAUUCAGUUUAUAUCUCAAGAACCACGUUAGGGUAAUUACGGGAUUAUAUUAGUCGUAGACGUAAAUAUAUACAUACUAUAAUAUAAGGGUAAGUAGGUGUAUGUGUAGUUUAUGCAUUGAAUUUAGUGUAAGGAAACAUUAAACCAGAACAAUAUUCGUGCUAUUUCUGCAAGAAUAUUUGCAUAUUAAUCAGCCAUA